AUGCCUGCCCAGCCCACCGCCUCUUCCAGCAGCACUGCCCGGCAGAAGCGCAGCGGCUCUCACAAGAAGAAUGAUCUCUCAAUAGAGUGCAGCUUGCGCCUGCCACUACCUGACACGGCGUCUGCCAGCGUUCUUUGGAGGGUGCUGAAGACUGACCCUUCUCUUGCCGGAACUGUGAAGGAGGUGUACUGGUGGAGUGAGGAUCCGUCUCAGCGAACCGUUGCAGUAACGAUCCAGGCAUCCUCAAAGCGCGACCUGCGCUCUGCGGUCGGGUCCCUCUUGGAUCAAGCUAAGCUUGUUGUGCGAACGUUGCGUGUGUAUCCUCCCACCACGGCCGCUGCCACUACCGCCGCUGAUGCUGGGUUGAGCACGGCAUGA